GCUAAACGCGGGAAAUACCGUAAUUGUAAACAAGCGCAAUAACGUUAGGAAGGAAGGAGCCUCAAAGACACACACGGAUAUUUCUGGAUAAAAAAUACUAAAUCGUUCAAAAAAAUGCGGCGUGGUGCUCUGGUAGUUUUCGAGGGUUGUGAUCGCUCAGGAAAAUCUACGCAAUGCAAGAAAUUGGUGGACUCAUUGCGAGAAAAUGGAUUGAAAGCUGAACUGAUGCGUUUUCCAGAGAGGUCUACAACCAUUGGAAAGGUGAUUGACAGUUAUCUGAAGAAAAGCAGUGAUGUUCAGGAUAAUGCAGUCCACCUAUUAUUCUCUGCAAACAGAUGGGAACUUGUACCAGAGAUGAAGAGGAAGCUUGGUGAAGGGGUGACGUUAGUGGUCGAUCGCUAUGCUUACUCAGGAGUAGCAUUCACAGCAGCAAAAGAGGGUUUUACGUUAGAUUGGUGCAAGCAACCCGACGUUGGGAUUCCCCUCCCAGACCUUGUGUUGUACCUAGACAUCUCAAGCGAGGCAGCCGGGAGGAGAGGAGGGUUCGGCGAAGAGAGGUACGAGAAGUCGGACAUCCAGCUCAGGGUCGCCGAGAACUUCAAGCGCAUGCAGGAAGAUGACUGGAAGGUAAUAGAUGCUGAUCAAUCCAUGGAAGAUUUACACAGACAGAUCAAAGACGUAGUCCUGAAUGUCAUAGACCAGGAUCUACCUCAACUAGGAACAUUAUGGACCAAAAAAGACUAAUAUUUGAUGUCAUAUUUGAAACUCCAAUGCUCAAUUUAAACUGUGAAAUCAUCAGCGUUUUCUAAAAGCGUCAUCAACGGCAACAUAAUCAGCAUAUAAUGUGCUCCAAUGUUACCAAUGCUCGGCGAUGCUAUCAUUUACAGUUCCAUUGGUAGUCAAAGAAUUUGUUCGUACUCUUACUCAUUCACACCUGGGUGGAGAGUGGCAGUGAAGAUUUAAUGCCAUAUCAAAGGACAAAGUUUCCAAGGGGGAUUGCGAACUCGGAGUCUGAAAUCCUUAUUUUGGUGGCAUGGCCUCCAAGUCAAGACAUCUCUUCGUGCAAGCGUUGGUGACCCGAAGGAUACGAUUGUAUUCCUAUCCUGAGAAUCUUUUCUGUCAAAUAAUUAAAUCAUGUGAACAAUUGUAGUUUAGUCUACUACUCAAGGGUCCUGCAACAAGGAAGAUACUGUCAAUUGUAUUUCCUCUUAAGUGAGACAACGCAAGAAACUUACAUUCAAUUGCAAAUCAAGUAUAAGUCCUAAAUCAAACGUAAUGGAGAGUUAAAUUGAAUGCUAAUCAACUACAAAUUUGUGUUAAAUCAAAUGACUGGCACUUGAUAUUUGGGAUGGACAAAUUUGUGUUAAAUUAAAGGACUGUAUGUGUUACGGAGCCCAGAAGCCCGUAACACAAAGCUUGGCAAUGAUCAUAGAACAUUUUUCUACGAUUGAUUACUUGACUACAAUGUACAAUCAAUCGUGAAAAUCAAGCAUACGAUUAAUCGCCAACCUUUGUGGUACGGGACCCAGGUCUUAACCCUAAAUCUCCCGGGGUAUUUUGAUUCUUGUCAUUCCGGGGGGGGGGGGGGGGGGGGGGGCCAUUAUGGCCCCCCUUAAGAAAAUUUGCAUGAUGGUAGAGAAUGACGUAAUCUACGCAGUUGCAUUGGUAAAUUUCACUGAAUUCAUAUAUUUUUAUUUUAUAUGAAUUAAUUAUGCUAAUUUAUUCAUGAAAUCAUACUUUUUGCUCUGAUUCACUAAAUAAAGCUCCUAGAAUGCUAUUUUUUGGUGAAAAUAUUCUUUAUAGCAUUCCUAACAAUUGUGAAUGAAAAAAAUUUUGGUACCAAGACCAAUUUUUUAUGUAUUUUAUUGUUUUUUUAAUUUCUUAUGUAUUUCUUUGUUUUUUUACUUUUUGUUUUUUUUAUUGUUUUUUCGAUGGAAAUCGUUCCAGACUUAAUUCUGAUCAUAAACAAGGCAAAAUUAAUUAAGUUUAAUCAGUAAAAGUAGAAAUAAUGAUACAUUUAUGAAUUUUGGCUAAAUACACAAUUUGCAUUGGAUUUGUACAUGAAAUCACGUUUAUGAGCAAUUUUGAGUCUGACAUACACUUACAUAAUGUUGCGUAAUGUCGUAACCGCGUACCCGGGCGUCACAAAUUUGGUCUCAAAGUUUGCGCGAGACUUGAAAGUAAAAAGUCAGUGAGCGGCGAGGUCAAAAAAUUUUGCGCAGCAGAUAUAUCGCGAAAAUUGUUGAGGGGGGGGGGCCAUUAUGGCCCCCCCCCCGGGAGGAUUAGGGUUAAAAUCACAAAUAAUUUGCAGAAGUGCAUUUCUGGGGAGCAUUUUAUGAAAUGUUUGAUAUUAAUCUUUCACUGACAACUGUUAUAAGCUACUGAAAUCCUUACAUCCGAUUGGACGAGAGUAAAUUAGUCAAUGAAAAUGACUGGCAGUAUCCCCCAUGGAAUGCUCCCUUUUCUUUAAUAGAAUUAAUUUCUUGAUCAUAUAUCAUGGGGGGAGAUUAGACAUUCCAUUUUCAUAAAUCAUUUGUAUGUCUAUUCAUGACACUAUUUGUGCAAAGUUGUUGCAUAGUGAGUACAUGUAUAGUCUGGAUUUCUGUAUAAUAUAAAUUUCCAUGUAUAUGCUGUAUGGUAGACUUUAUUUUUCAAUGGCUGGUGAAAAGUCGAGUUGUCUGUCAAAAUCUAUCAAUAUUAAUUUCCACUUAUACCCACUUUAGGUAUUUAUCACUCUGUGUUCCUCCAUUUAAGAAAAUAACACUAAUAAUUCUGCUGAUUUUUAUAAGUUAGCUUUUGUACUUUAUUAUAAGUUAGAGAAUGCAUAAAGUUAUUGUGGAACACAAGAGGGCAGGAAAGAAAAAGAAACACUGUUCCAAAACAUGUGUUUCCUUUGCCAAAGGAAUUGAUAUAUAUUUGAACAAAUUGUGAAAAUUAAAUUGAUUUCAUAUCUAUUAUUUAUACUAAUUGUAAUGCGAUGUAUUCAUUAUUUUAUUGCAUAACUGAAUGUCAAUAAAUCUAAUAGAGGCAACAAACCA